GGGGAGCGCCGCCCCCUGCGCCACCGGCCCGGCUUCCACCGCAUCGACCGCACCGUGCUGCUGGGCGCACUGCCGCUGCGUGCGCGGAGCUCCCGGCUGGUGCAGGAGGAGAACGUGCGCGCCGUGCUGACCCUCAACGAGGACUACGAGACCCGCUUCCUCUGCUGCUCGGCGCGGGAAUGGGAGGCCAUGGGAGUAGAGCAACUGCGUCUCAGCACAGUGGACCUGACUGGAGUCCCCACACUUGAAAAUCUGCAGAAAGGUGUUGAAUUUGUCCUGAAACACCAAGAAUGUGGUAACAGUGUUUAUGUGCACUGUAAGGCAGGCCGGUCACGCAGUGCCACCAUGGUAGCAGCAUAUUUAAUUCAAGUGCACAAUUGGAGCCCUCAAGAAGCAAUAGAAGCCAUUGCAAAGAUCCGUCCCCACAUCCUCAUCCGCCACAAACAGGUCCAGGUCUUGGAGAGAUUUCACAAGCUUGUGAUUGCUGGGACAGCUUCACAAAGUGAGCAAAAGCCAUAAGAGGCCACCUUCUGACUCCCCCCAAACAACUUUGAAUCUUAGUGAAUAAGAGUCAUGCUUCUCAGCCACCAAUAAAGAACUUCUUCAACUCAUUCUUGUAAUGGUGAGUUUAGGUUCUUCCUAACUCCAUGUCAUUAUAAUGCAUAAUCUA